AGUGCGAAGUAUGAAAUUUUGAAAUUAUUUUAUUACAACUUUUUGAUCGUACGGAAAGUAUCGGAAAAGGAUGUUUAUUCACAAACAAUUAUUGUUUAAUAACUGCUAAUCAGAAAUGUUGUUGAAUGGUAAAAUUAUGCAUCGUUUUAAAUCUCCCGAAUUUCAGUAUUUCAACUGGAUAUACAAUGCUGCUCCUUGUUUUCCUAUACACGCCUCUAAAAUAAAUGUAAUGAAUGAUCCGAAACAGUUUUAUGAUACGUUGUGUAUGAGAUUCAGCAGCGCAAAGCACAGGAUAUCCAUAGCAAGUCUUUAUAUCGGGACUGGGGAAUUAGAAAAGAAACUUUUGGGAGUUACUGUGGAGAAUGUUAAAGUUACUGAUGGAUUAAAGUUAAAUAUUUUACUGGACUAUCAACGAGGGUCCAGAGGAGUAGUGAAUUCUCGGACAUUAUUCCGUCAGUUUUUUAAUGGACUUAAUGACAAAUGUACAUUAGCAUUGUAUCAAACCCCAAGUCUACAAGGUUCCUGGUCAAAAGCCCUUCCAUCACGAUAUAAUGAAAUAUUUGGACUUCAGCACAUGAAGUUGUAUAUAUCAGAUGAUUCAGUUAUUAUAAGUGGUGCAAACUGCUCAAAUGAUUAUUUUCAAAAAAGGCAGGACAGAUAUAUAGAAAUUGAAGAUAGUGAUUUAGCAAAGUUUUACUGCGCUAUUAUAGAUGAGGUGAUGAAAGUAAGUAGACUGGAUAAUAAUGAUGAUAUUCCUAAUGAAAUAUCCAGGGUUGAAACUAGAAAAAGGCUUGGCCAGAAUAUUCACCAUCUCAUUGAUCAAUGGAGAAAAUCGCAAGUUUCUAAAAUAAGUGAAGAUCAAGACAUGGAAGUAGAUACUUGGGUAUUCCCAUUGGUUCAGAUGGGAGAAUUCAACAUAACACAUGAUGAAGAAAGUACAUGUUCUAUUCUAAAAAGCUCUCCGAAGGGUUCAUAUCUAAGAAUGGCGACUGGAUAUUUCAACUUAACUGAAAAAUAUGCACAGACAUUGUUAAAUAAGUGUGAGUCAAGAGUAAGCUUGCUAAUGGCACAUCCCAAUGCAAAUGGCUUCAUGGGUGCUCCAGGACCGGCAGGUGGCAUUCCACAUGCAUAUUCGCUAAUCGCUAAAAAGUUUUGGCAACAAGUAGUGGACUGUAAUCAAACUAGCAGGGUCCAAAUGUUAGAAUAUGAUCGGCCCGGCUGGACUUUUCACGCUAAAGGUUUAUGGUACUAUCCUCCCGGUAGUGAGGUGCCAUGGAUGACUGUUGUUGGAUCUGCGAACCUGGGUGAACGCUCUGUGAGGCGUGACCUGGAAGCUCAGGCCGCUAUAUUUACAACUUCCAAACAGUUACAAAAUUCUCUCCACAAAGAAUAUUCGAGGUUACAUUCCCACGCGUCAGAAUGCAGCAGCGAACUAAUGGAACGACACACGCCGCUGUGGGUCCGGGCUACUGUAGGAGUAUUCAAAACAUACUUCUAACGCACACCUAUCUUACUCAACGGCCAUAUUUAUAUUUUGUUUACUGGCUUUGGUCAAUUUACAGGCCACCCUUUUUAAACAUUUACGGAUAACCCACGAAAGUUAUAGAGCCCUACCGGACCGAGACGCUAUGGCGAGGUCUCCGGCUGCGUGACAUAACAAUUCAUAUUAAAAUUUCGGACAGUUAACUCACUUGGUGGCGGUUUGGCAACGUCGCCAAUUUAGAGCAUAGCCACGACUAUCACCGCGCUGUGUGAAGUUUGGAAACGUGCCGUGCUGGCGACGUCACCAGUAAUAUUUACACGAGCAAGCUGCAAGCAUGACGACGCCAAUUUUCAAUACGAGAUGUGAGAAAACCACAGAGAGUAGCCACUGGCUAAUACUCCAUUUGGCAACCGAAGGUCGCCAUGUUUACAUAGCCGACGACGUCGCCAUGGUGUCUCGGUGAGGUAGGGCUCCUAAUAUAUAGAUGUGCGGUGUUAAACCGGUAUAGCCCCUUAGAAAAGGAUGUAUUUGGUCAGUUUAUUCAGAGCAAGGCUUGGAACCGGUAUUAAAAUAAAAGUUUAAUAGAUUUGAAUCUAUUUUAUAUUUUUUUGAAACAAUUCGUGUGGGAGAAAUGACUGCGAUGAAAAAACUGUUCUUAACUGGUUUAUUUAACCAAAGAUGUAUGAUUCACUUAAUUUACAAAUAAACGAAAAUUUUUGGUUACAGUUAAAAAAAAUACGAUUAUAAUUUAUCUUUGUACUUAAAACCUUAUGAACCGUUUGGUUUGGAAUUUUUAUUCGGUUUCAAAGGCUUGAUUCACGUUAAUAACGCGAGUAAAUGCACACUUGAACAAAGGUGUAUAUAUUCUGUAGUAUGUAUGUAGUUCAUUAGGGUCAUACAGCACCCGACCCGCACCGCCUAGUCUUAUAGCGGCAUAAUUAGUUAUAAUUAUUUUUUAUUUGAAAUUAAGAUAUGCGGUGGCAAAUAAAACACCGUGCCGAGGAAUCUUGACCCAAAAACCCAAAAAUUCUGAGCGGCACUACAUUAGCGCUCGUCACCUUGAGACAUAAGAUGCGAAGUCUCAUUUGCCUAGUGAUUCCACUAGCUAGAAAAAACACACCAACCAUUCCAAAAGAGUCUUCCACUGGAGCACACAUAAACUCUGUAGCGUCAUUUGAACAAAUUCCUCGUAACUGUUUAGGAGCAGAUGAGUCCAGCUCAGUCGGUAAUAGCUCACUGCUAGCGUGCUUUGAUUCGAGUUGUACGACCGCCUGUCGACAAUUUAGGCGACAAUUUUCAUCUAGGCGAUGCGGUUCGGAUGUAAUUAAUUAGGUAAACCCCGCCUUCUAUUAGAAAAUAACUUAAUGGAUAAUAUGUAUCUGACCUAUGCACAAAACGUUAUUAAAAUUAGUUUGAAAGUCAUAGGCUUAGAAAUGUUUUAGCUGGCUUUAAAUGCAUAAUAUGUAGUGUUGUAAAAUGCAUGUUUAAAGCAAAGAGAUUGAAGUACAUAAACCGUUUAGUCAUGACAAUAUUUUAAAUGAUUUUCUACCCAAAUAAGCUGCCGAAAUAUCAUGACAUCUGUCAGUCGAAUGUCACAAGUGACUAAACGAUGUUUUGUUAAUUUAGUAGAUAAGAAAACUUGUACUUUGUUCGUGUUCUCUCUAUGUUAUAACUUUAAUCUCUUUGGUUUGAAAGAAGCUUUCAAGAAAAGCCCGUCUUCGUCAUGGCAUUUCAAAUUAUUUGAAACCAAAUAUUAUGAAUUAGGAAACAAUAAUAAUUACUAUGCCUUUUUUAUAGGACUGAUUAAUUUUGUGAGUAUUCUGUUGACUGAUUAAUACUAGUUAUAUAAAUCUUAUUUCGUUUAUCAUUCGAAUUAUAUUCGUUACAAUAAAACUCGAGAAUUUUAUUA